AUGUCGAAUGAACCUACAACUCUGACUUUUGUCUCGGAGGCUCAACUUUCUGACCGUGAAUCCUCAAUUGAAGUGGUCAAUUUAGAAAAAGUGGUUUCAAAUGUUGAGGGUACAAGAAAGUAUUCAAGUUGGACAAAGGUUGAAGACGAGGUCUUAGCGAGAAGUUUUGCCACUAUCAGUGAUGAUCCAAUAAUCGGCAAUGAUCAAAAGGCGGAUGCUUUUUGGGGAUGUGUUGCAAGCUACUAUAAUGAGAAUCUUCCCCUAGGUUCAAACACCAGAAGUGCAAAUAUUAUACGGUCACAUUGGCACAAUACAAUCCAAAAGAAGUCUACUGAUCACUUUGUGGCCACAAAGAAGAUGAGGACCUCAGAGUCGGGAACAAGCAACACCUCCUCCAACCAAGAUGUGAGUAUAGACCUAGAUGAUGAAGAUACUCGCCCAAUGGGACAAAAGGCAGCAAAAAGAAAGGAAAAAAACAAAGUAAAAUUGACCAUUGAGGAUCUGAUAGUAAACUACAAUAAUAUUAUCACAAAGUUCACUGAGUGUACAAGCGUGAAGAAGUCUGAAGUCGAUUUGAAACAAAAACAACUCGAAGUACAGGAUAUUAAGGCAAAAGCUGCCUUGUCCAAAUCUGAAGCUAAGAAUCGUCGCUUGAAGUUGAAGGAGUACAAAAUAUUGAACAAAGACACCUCGUAG